GUGUGGUUUGCUUGCUUGGUUUCUUUCGUUGUUUGCCAGUUCUUGCUGCGCACACCGCUCACGCACUCGCUGCUCACCGCUCACUGCACUCACGGAACGCACCACAGCCACUCGCUCACGAUGCUGCUGCCUGUGGAUGUGACGGCCGGCGGGGUGGUGUCAGCGCUGGGCUUGAGCUGCGGCCUGGCUGCCCUGUAUCUUGUAUCCUUGUACGCGCUGCCUCAGCCCAGCAACCGCAACCACCCGCGCGCGGUCAUCGCCAGAUGCAUCGGCGCAUCCGCCGCCACGAUCGCCAGCCCGCUUGCGCUCCCAGCCGCUACUGGUGUCCUCGACGCCAUCUGGCUCACAAACGCACCCGCCACGCCAGCAGCCUCCUCGCUCAUGGCUGGCAGCCCAUGGCUCGCGCACCACACACAGGCGACGCUGCGCGGGCUGGUGCUCUUUGCGCUCCUGUUCGCCGGGCCGCUCCUGCAGGCGGCGCUGGACAGCCUCGAGUACCGACGGCAGGAGGCACGGCGCGCAGCAGUGCGGCAGGCACUCCGCAACAGCCAUGCUCACCACCGCCACCCCGGCACCACUGACGGCACUUACGAUGACGACAGCGACGCCCAGCACUACGACGAAGAGUCGUCGUCUCUGCACUUCCUUCGCAACGUCGUUGUGGCGCCCAUCACAGAGGAGAUUGUCUUCCGCGGCUGCAUCACCGCGCUCAUGCUGCCGCACAUGUCUGUGGCCGCGUGCAACCUGCUGUGCCCGCUCAUCUUCGGUAUCGCACACUUUCACCACGUCCUGCGUGGCGUCCCCGUGUCUGUCGUCAGCGUGCAGCUUGUCUACACCUCCGUCUUUGGCUCGCUCUCCUCCCUCCUCAUGCUGCGCACGCACUCCCUGGCCGCCGCUGUCGCCGCCCACAUGUUCUGCAACCACAUGGGCCUGCCAGACUUUGAGGGCGCCCUCAACCACCGGCACAGGACGCUGGUCCUGGGCGCAUACGUGUUUGGGCUCGUUGGCUUUGUUGCAGCUUUGUGCUUCCACUCCAUCGUGUAG